AUGAAUGAGCAAAGAGAGUCUUCUAAGGCACUUCUGCGUGAGUAUCUUCUUGAGCUUCCACAGAAGGAAUUGUUUAAGUUCACACCGGAUGUGAAAGAGCAGUUCCGUCACACGAUAGACACAUUUAUGCUACUCUCCUCCGGAGAUAUGGCAUCUCAGGACAACAAUCAUUACCAUGUGAGCCGUCCAUGUGCACGAGAGUUUUUGAAGGGUGAAACUUGCUACAGGUGUCUUACCUGUGGCUAUGAUGAGACAUGUGCUCUCUGUUCCUAUUGCUUUCAACCUGAGAGACAUAUAGGACACCAGGUUCAUAGAAGUAUUAUUCAGCGUGACAAUGCCGGCUGUUGUGACUGUGGAGAUCCGGAAGCUUAUCCUGAUUCGCGUUGCGAUUACUACCAUGCAGUCGGUAUGGAUGGAGAUUCUUCGCCAAUUGAUAGUUUAACUAAUGCCACGAAUGAUUUCAUUGAUAACUUUAGUGACAUUCUGUCCGUGUUAGUUGACUAUAUUAUUGACGUUAAGUCACAAGCUGUACCAUGCUUAGUGGCACCGAGAAACCCCGAAGAGAUAAUAAGAUUUAGUGAGAGUUCAUCUCUCAGCUCUGAGAUAUAUGGAGGUGAGGAUGUCAAUUCGAAUUGUUAUGCAUUGGUCCUCUACAAUGAUCAAUUACACCAGUUUAGAGAUUCGGUACAGAGGGUUCGUUUUGCUACGGGUAAAGUGGUUGAAUUUGCCGAGAUGGUGGUACUCAGAUGUGAAAAGGAAGGCUAUGCCAUGGUUAUGAUCUCCGAAGAUGUGACUCUCUUACUUAAAAGACAGACAGUGCUAUCGUCUACAGGUCUUACUGCCUGUAUUAGAAGCACCCGUGAUGUGUUUAGAGAGGAUAUGUGCGAUGAGAUCAUUACCUGGAUGCUUGAUUUGUCUAAAUCUGCCAUAAUCGAGAAUAGUAUUGAUCUGAGAAACAGCUUCGCACGCGUGUUAAUGUGUCGUCAUCUUAGUGGUUGUGCCAGUAGGCCUAUAUCUGUUGCUAAAGAUGGUAUUCUGCUAUCUCCUACUGAGCUUGAAUAUAUUCCAUUUCAAGAUGAAUAUAGACCCCCGGAUUUAACUUGGGAUAUUCCUAUGGAUAUUAAGCAGGAAUGUGAAUAUGAGGACUUAGCUCUUGUUCUACCCAAUAGCGAUGGUUCAUACAAGUUUUCCGCCUCUAGAAUGCAGUUUAUGCUUUUCUAUGAUAUUAGAAUGUGUCGUAUUAGCCGUCAAAAGCUUCAUGAUACAUUUGUGACUAUGGUGGUCAACAAUCUUCGUUACAAAAUGCUCAUGACGGCUCAGUUCUUGGAUAUUUACGAAACUUUACUUACCCUGUUUUUAUCUUUUGAUAGAGAACCGGAGUGCUCUAUUUUGCCUAUUCUUACCACACAAUUAUUCACCUGUCCUUCAUCAUGUGUUUCUAUACUUCGACAUGGAGAUGAAUACAAGAUGAUCCGAUCCGUUGAUAACUAUCUUCGUCUGGGCAGCACUAAUGAUUCUAAUGCUUAUAAUGAAGAAGGGUUGCUUUGUACUGCAUUGAAGAAUAGAAAAUGGGGACAUGUUUUCAUGGAUUUGAACUAUCUUAUUACGAGAAACCCUGAUCCCCAGUGCAUUGUGUAUUUUUUUCAAACCUUCCCCAAAAUCGUCCACCUGGCGAGCCUUCUUCAAUCGAGACCUGUUCUCAAACGAGAGGCCACCAAGCAUGUUGAGUACGAGUUUACUGAUUAUGGAAUCUUCUUUAAUGCUUCCUCUGUCAUUGCACACUUUGCUGAAAGUAUUGGUAAGGUAUUUAAUAGAUUGGAUGAGCAGCAGUUGAUACUUCCAGAUGGUACUUUUGUCUCUGACAUGCUUUAUGGCCCACUUAUCAAUAGAAUGGUUGAGAUUACUUUUGGAAACCCACCAAAUACGUCUGACGAGGCCACUGGUAAGGUGAUUACAGAUCGUGAAGAUGCCGUAGUGAUUUCAGAGGAGAUUUUGGACGAUGGCUCGGUUCGCCGGUACGUUGAUUUUGACGUUUUAAGUGGCCGAGUUAGCUUUUUGCAUCCUUUGCAAGCUGCUUUGGCGUGGGUACUAGAAACAGACCGCAGUGUAAAUUCUCCAGAAAGAGUAAAGCGGGUAUUGGAUAUGAUAGAUACGAUAACUUGCGAAAAGGUUGCACAUUCCGUUAGAGGUGACGGAGUUAAGGCUGUCUUCGACUUUACCCUAAGAACAUUGGUUCUUCUAUCCCAGAUUAAGGUGGGACUUUGGGUUAGAAAUGGCCUCAGUGUCAGGACUCAGAUGAAUAUCUAUAAGUAUUCUGGUCUCAGAGAGUGUGGAUUUAUGAGGAAUUUGUUUCUAGCUCAGGUGCUUUGUGCAUUUUCGCCUCCCGAAGAUGGCAUGAAAACGUUAAUACGCCGUUGGGGGAUCGACGAAUGGUGUCGUGGGGCGUACAAAGAAUGCGAGUACGGUCCGCAGCAUUCUCCAGAGAUGGUAGAAGAGUUCGUUUUGUUCUUAAUCAACUUGCUUACCGAAGAUUUCCAUCUUCACAAGCGUCCUGCCACAGAGAUUUUGGAUAUGGUCAUUGAGCGCGAGUUAAUCCAUGCCCUAUGCUUCAAACCUCUCAAUUACAGUCAGCUCACAGCUGAAAUCCCUGAAUACAUGUGUGCAGAGAAAAGAUUCUUUAUCGCCUUUGAGGACUGUGCCGAAGAAGUACCGAAUAGCCACAUGGAAACGAAGGAGUUGAAGUUUUACAGGUUAAAAGAAAAAUACUUUUCAGAUGUUGAUCCAUUCUACGUAUAUUAUACAUCCAAUAAGCGAGAGGAUUGCAUUAGAAUGCUUAAAGAGAGGGCUCGCAAAGCUUCUAAUAAUCCUAAGAUGCCGUUGGAUAGAGUCGUUCUUCCUCCAAAGAAGAUCGAUUGGACAGAUAGUCCUUUUGCACAAGUCGUAAAUAUCACGUGCUCUAAUGCAUUCCUGAACUUCAUUCAGAAGACAAUUUAUUUCUGCACUCACCCCGAGGUCGGAGGAACGACGAAACCUGAGAGUUCUUGCGAUACCGACAGUCUCCUAUCACUGACGCUUCAUUUAAUUCAGAUUGCUGUUUCUCAGCAGAACCGACAGCGGUUUAUUACAGAUUAUUUAUACUCUUCACCACUUCCGGCAAUGCUAUUUUCAAUGCUGACCGAUGACAGGUACGGUGUAUUUGUUCCUACGUUGCGUGCAAUUUUGCACGUGUUCUGUCAUCAGGCUGGACUCACUGAGGAGCAGGUUCGAAGUGCGAUCCCCGGAUAUUCGGAGGAUUUGGUGUUAUUGGGUUCACGAGACAAUGCAUUGGCUGUUCAUGAAAAGAAAAAGCGACUUGCCAAGAAGAAAAGAGAAAGGAUUCUUGCCAAAAUCAAAAAGCAGCAGCAGAAAUUUGCGGAAAACUGUAAGAAGUCUAAGGAUAUGAAUAUGGACAUGGAUUUGGAUGAAGAAGGAGAUUUAGAUGGCAGUAAUGCCGCUUAUCUUACCCACAUCCAUGACAAUAGUGAUGAUGAUGACGUUCACACUUGGAGAUUUCCCGAAGAGAGGUGUAUUCUUUGUCAGAUGGCGUCCCAAGGGUCCGACGAGCCUUUUGGAAUCUUCAGUUACGUGGCUCCUAGCAAUGAAUUUAGAUAUGUUCCGUGCGAUGAUAACUAUUGGUUCUACAAGGCAUUCAGUGGACCCUCCAGCUUGGAUACGACGUGUCAAGAGAACGAUAGUAGUCAAGGACAACAUCUUCAUUCCUAUCUUUCUGGGAUAGAAGAAAAGGCUGUUAUUGGUCCAGGAUUUCCCAACAGUGAAACUUGCUAUAGCGACAAUCAAUCAUCUGUGACCAGUUGUUGUCAUGGUAUGCAUUUCUCAUGUUACGUCAACUAUAUUCGGUCGAUUCGAUCACGUCAAGUUUCACAGAUUACGAGAACCAUGCCUGAGGACCUGCAGAGGUUGGAGUUUUUGUGCCCUCUCUGUAAGUCCGUUAACAAUAUGUUUGUUCCAAUUGUCUACAGUUGUAGUGAUGGCAAGUUCCAUGAAGAAUUUGCACAUCCAAUUACUCUAGACCAGAUGAAACGGUUCUUUGAACCGUCCUUUGAUUGGCAAAUACGAACAGAGAUGAGCGGCGAACUUGCUGCUAACAGGCUCCAAUGUGUGAAGCAGGAGUUGGUGAACACAGUCAAAAGUAAUGUCAAACCUGGCCACUGGUUUGUCAAUGAUAGCACAAAUACGGUAAAUACCAAGUCGAAGACUUUUGUCGCUCUGAACCAGGCUAUCGGAUCUAUGUCCAUUCUUACUUCUCCCUUUGACGGAAUUAAUGCCCUUAUCAGUUCGACCAUUGAAUCUCUAGAAAUCUCUUUGAGAGGUGUUGAUUACUCCAAAGGCUCUAUAAAGAUGCGUAGUGCAGAUCUACCAUUGGUCUGCUCUCAAUUAUCUGGUCAGGCUGUGACUACUCUCAGAGUAUGGUGCCAGCUUAGAGACCUCAUCAGAUGUACCGAGACUGCAGCUUCCACUUCUGGCCGCUAUGGAAGUGAUGGCAUUGCCAAUGGUGAUGGUGCUGCUCUCACGUAUCCUAGGCGUUUGCUUGGAUUGCUUCGCAAUGUUUGCGUUGAGGAGGAUCUUCUCUACGACGGUGAGUCCUACUUCAAAUUGCUCGUUGGAGCGGAAGGCUUGGAUUGUUUGGGAUUAUCCUUCCAGAUACUCGUUGGUUUAUGCUACUGUCGCCAUGUGCUUCAGUCAAUCCUGAAAGUGAUGACCGUAUUGCAACGAAACGGAAGCAAGCUCGAUGGCGAGUCGAUGCAGGAUGUGGCUGACAUUACCUUUACUGGGAAUAGCAAUAAACUCUGCAAGGAGUUUUCCAGCUUUUUGGGACCAGGGUCACCCUUUGUACAACCUGAAGUGUGUAAUAUUCUCUACAGUAUGCUUGUUAGACUAGUGACUCCAUUCUUAAGGAGAUGCCUAAUCUACUCGUAUAUUAAGUUUGGAAAUUUCAGGCUGGAUCUUCUUCCUUCCAUGGAGAAAGAGUCUGGCGAACUUGAAUGUAAUAGGAUUUGCAAGUUUUUGGGUCUACCGUCAUUAGUGCAGGUGGUUGAUGAGCUGAGUGAAACCAUGUUCUCGGCCGUGACAGGAGAAAACAGGCUGAAAAUUUACGAUUCGAAAAUUCCGUAUCCCGGACCGAUUGAAUUAAUCAAGCUCCCAGAAAAACUCAAUACCUUCUUCACCCAGGUAUGCGGAAGGAUCGAGAAGAAUUGGCAACCGGUAGAUCCGGCCAUCUGCCUCUAUUGCGGAGUGGUACUGGAUAUGCAGAGCUCAAACUACGGAGAUCGGUACGGAUCGUGCAAUAUGCAUAUGGACUGGGAAUGCAUCGACAGCGAUGGCUACGGAAUUUUUUUUGUGCCCAGAAACAACUGUAUUUUACUCCUUGGAAAAAAGAAGGGUACUUUUAUAGAAAGUCCCUACCUUGAUAUUCACGGCGAAUGCGAAAACGAUUCUAAGAAGAGCCACGAUUUGCACCUUUCACCCAGAAAAUACGAAGAAUUGGCCCGGACAGUAUGGCUCGAGCAUAACAUUCAAAACCGAAUAUCUAGGCAAAUGGAGAGUCAGGUAGAUAUCGGUGGUUGGCUGACAUUGUAA